UAAGUCGCAGCAUUUUAUUAACACCGCUGCAACAUUUGCGGAGCCUAAUCAAGCGAUAUCAAAGCAUUUUAACUUGACGUGGCACAGCAUCACACAAUGUGGGCGUGGCUUCGCAUUGUCAACAUCCUGGUGACAUAACCAGUUUCUCCAAAAUGGCGACGGUGGAUCAAAGGGAAGCAGGUCAGGACGACCCAGAGAGUGAAGAUGAGGUGUAUGAGGUCGUGGACCUGACAGAGUAUGCCCGAAGGCACCAGUGGUGGAGCAGGGUGUUUGGGAACAACUCCGGCCCCAUUGCUGAGAAGUAUUCUGUGGCCACCCAGAUCGCGAUGGGUGGGGUGACUGGAUGGUGUGCUGGUUACCUCUUUCAGAGAGUCGGGAAGAUUGCCGCCACCGCUGUUGGAGGAGGGUUCCUUCUUUUACAGAUCGCCAAUCAUAGUGGCUACGUGCAGGUGGACUGGAAGAAGGUGGAGAAGGAUGUGAACAAAGCAAAGAAGCACCUGAAGAAGAAAGCAAACAAAGCAGCCCCUGAAAUAAACACUUUCAUUGAGGAGGUAAAGGCCACAGACUUCAUAAAAAGGAACAUCGUCUUGUCCAGCGGGUUUGUCGGUGGCUUCUUUCUGGGUUUGGCCUCCUAAAACUGCUGCCCAUGAAGCGGGCGGCCUCUUACUGUGAAACGCAUCGCUACAUAGGUCACUUUCCUCUCCACUGUUUACCUCUCAGACCCAUGUGUGCAUUCAUUCACCUUUUAACGAACUGACCAGGGGGGCGGGGUUAUAUCGAACAUUAGAGCAUGAUCUGUUGUGACAGUGGUUUUAACUGUGUUCUACUCCCCCUGCUUCAAAGCAAUCAUAGCUGAUUAUUUCUCUUAUGGAGGGCACAUUCAGAAGUGUGUGUGGAGGUUGAUGAUGCUGUGAAGACUUUCUUCUGUGGGACCUGUAAUGGAUCUCUGUCAGACUGCUGAAUAUGCCAAGCUGCCACAAGCUAGCUCAGACUCUGCUCUGUGUCUAGCUCGUCCAUCCCAUCAUGUAUUCACCUGGUGGAUCUCAGAUUGUUAUAAAUUGGCGUGCGUGGGUGCCAUUGUAAAUACAUAGCUGACCCCUUUUCAGAGGUGUAAAUACCCACACAAGGGUAAAUAUUAUAUAAGCAGAGUGGGACGUUAACACCACCCCCCAGUCUAGUGCUUUUUGUAAUGUAAAGUUUAUGUGCCAUUUAAGCAUGUAAGCAAACACAGCUUUUAAAAUUCGUCACACUGGCUGGGGGUUGAAACAAAGUUAUUCUCCCUCUCUGAGCAUAGCUGUUAUUAAUAUACAACACAUAUCACGAGCAUAAAUCACACUGAAAUUUUACAUCUGUGCAUGUUGUCUUUCUUUGCACUGACAACAGAGUAUUAAAUACAGAUCCUUUGUUCCCAUAAUCCCCAGCUCCACAGUGGCCUUUAAUGACAGGACGUGCAUCUGCUGUACCCUAAUUACCAGUGCCACGAGCUAGACACCAAAUGCGACACCAGUCCUGUCAUUAAAGAGCAUAAUGGAGCAGCGAUUGUGACUCCCACGCCUUCGCUAUUGUCAUUGUGCAUUUAGCAGUGUCAGUGUAGCAAUAACACAAGAGACAUGCUGCUGAGUCGUGCGUGUUCACAUUAUCUACACAGGACGUCCACACAUACAGUAGGAGUCCACGAAAGACGAUCACAAGUUGCUUAUUUUGUUUUUUGCCUUUUUCUACCAGUGCAAUAUAAGGUGAUGUUACGGUUAUGUUUUUGACAGCUUAUGUCUCCAGCUAGCGAUUUGUAUGCUCAUAUUCCCUCAUUGUUUCUAUUUAAUGUCAUUUUGUUAUCUGAGCUGUAUGAAUUUGGUUGGGUGUCUUCUUGAAAUAAAGUUGCCUGAUUUUGUUUUGAACAAAAA